GACUACAUCCUUCCCCCUACUCUGUGUAGUGAAAGUUACGUGACUGAGGAGAUGUCUUUUGAGGAAAUGUUGAGCAUUGGGGGGAGCGAGGAAGUAAGGAUGCUGGAGUACAGCGAUGUAAGUGUAGAGGGUGAGUCGUUUGGGUCUGAGCAUACAGAGGGAGGGGUAGGUAGAAAUGAAGUUGUUGAGGGUGGGGCAGAAGAGGUGCUUGUCAACAUAUUGGAAGUGGGAGAUAGGAGUGAUAAGUUUUACAAUACUAGGGUAGACAUUGUGUUUGAGGUAAAGGGGUAUAAGUCUGAGCUCAAGACUAGGGAUAGCCUGAGUUAUCUCGUAGAAACUUAUGAGAUUUCCUCUAGAGUAUUAAUUAGGCCUACCGGAGUGAAAGAAAGGGCAUGCUCUGCACCCCGGGAUCACUAGAUGCCAGUGUAUGCCCAUUAUUUAGCAGCAGGGCUUAGGUUUCUGUUGUCUAAUUUGUUGGUGUGGUUGUUAUUGGAGUAUAGUGUAGGUUUGACCCAACUAUCUCCCAAUGUGCUGAGAGUGAUAAUUGGGUUUAUAGUAUACUGUCGGGCUAGGGGGGUUAGGGUGCCAAUAGUAAAUAUGUUUAAGCACU